GGAGACGCUGACGCACCUCUGAGCCUGGCGGCGAUUUUUCUAUAUAACCAGCGCCGCUAAUUCCGGGUGCUUCGCUGUAGAGAUGCGGUAAAAGCGAAAGAAGAAUCCGAUCCGCUUCUCCACGCCGAACCCGGUAAGGCCGCCGCCGCUUCUCGAAUGGCCUCAACCUCCUCCUCCUCGCCUCAGCCGCCGCCGGCGGCGGCGGCAGCGUCGCCCGGGGCAGCUUCCUCGCCCGAGGAUCGCCGCGCAGGUGGAGGCCGCGGCGGCCCGCCCCCGGUCCCGCCCUAUGUCAAGGCGGCGGCGGGGUCCCUGGGCGGCGUCAUGGAGGCGUGCUGCCUGCAGCCGAUCGACGUCGUCAAGACGCGGCUGCAGCUCGACCGCACGGGGGCCUACCGGGGCAUCGCGCACUGCGGCGCCACCGUGGCCCGCGCCGAGGGCGUGCGCGCGCUCUGGAAGGGGCUCACGCCCUUCGCCACGCACCUCACGCUCAAGUACGCGCUGCGGCUCGGCUCAAACGCCGUGCUGCAGUCUGCGUUCAAGGACCCCACCACGGGCAAGGUCUCCGCGCACGGCCGCCUCGCCUCCGGCUUUGGCGCCGGCGUCAUCGAGGCGCUCCUCAUUGUUACCCCCUUCGAGGUGGUAAAGAUUAGAUUGCAACAGCAAAAAGGGCUAAGCCCAGACUUGCUUAGAUACAAAGGUCCCAUACACUGCGCAAGAACUAUAGUUCGAGAGGAAGGCCUCUUUGGUCUUUGGUCUGGAGCACUACCAACCGUCAUGCGCAACGGCACAAACCAAGCGGCAAUGUUCUCAGCCAAGAACACGUUUGAUAUUGUUCUGUGGAAGAAGCAUGAAGGGGACGGGAAGGUGCUCCUGCCGUGGCAGUCAAUGGUCUCUGGGUUCCUUGCAGGAACAGCAGGCCCUGUCUGCACCGGACCCUUCGAUGUCGUGAAGACUAGGCUGAUGGCUCAAGGGAGAACUGGGGACGCCAAGUACAAAGGCAUGGUCCAUGCGAUACGAACAAUAUAUGCCGAAGAGGGGCUGCGAGCCCUGUGGAAAGGCUUGCUUCCCCGGCUCAUGAGGAUCCCACCUGGACAGGCUAUAAUGUGGGCUGUAGCUGAUCAGGUGAUGGGCCUCUAUGAGCGAACUCAUCUGCAGCCAGUUCAUAUUUGACCAUUCUAUUGCAGUGCUGGUGCUGCACUGAAUUUUUUUUUGUUGGUUCUCAAUCGGUGGUUAGACGUGGAAGUCGUCGAUUAUGGAUAUUCGUUUGUUCAUUGCUUAGAGUUGGGUAUUGAUGGAAGCAAUGGAAGACUCUUGUACUACUAUUUUGUUGUCAAUAAUCAUGAAACCCUCCACCUUUUGGACUGGGGAUAUCUCGGUUGUGGUGACUAUUAUGGUUGUUAGACUGCAGUAGCAUCAAUUUGUAUGAUUGAAUA